UUGUACUGCGACCAUCACACUUGACCCUGGGCACAUACAGGAAGUCAGGAGAACAUACAGUACAUGCAGGAGACACCGUUCUGCCUCAGAGUCGGACACCUUCUCCCCUACUCCAUGUCAGAUUCCAACACAACCGACCUCACCAACCCCUCCACCUUCAUCCUGCUGGGCAUUCCUGAUCUGGAGACGGCCCAUGUCUGGAUCUCCAUCCCCUUCUGCACCAUGUGCAUCCCAGCCAUCUUGGGGAACUUUUCCAUCCUGUUCAUUGUGAAGAUGGAGCUGAGCCUCCAUAGGCCCAUGUACUAUUUCCUCUGCAUGCUGACCACCAACGACCUGAUUGUGUCUAUGUCCAUCCUGCCCAAAAUGCUGGCAAUCUUCUGGUUCAAUUCCAGGGAGAUCGAUUUCAGUGCCUGCUUCACCCAGCUGUACUUCAUUCACUGCUUCUCAGGGAUGGAGUCUGGGAUCUUCGUGGCCAUGGUUUUGGAUCGCUACGUGGCCAUCUGCCAUCCCCUGAGACAUUCCACCAUCCUGACAAAGCCUGUGGUGGCGAAGAUGGGCCUGGCUGUGGUGCUGCACUGUGGCAUACUCGCACUGCCCUAUCCCUUCCUGGUGAGACAGUGGCCGUAUUGCAGAACCAGCAUCAUCCCCCAGCCUUUCUGCGCACACAUAUCCGUGGUGAAGCUGGCCUGCGCCGACACCCACAUCAGUAGUUACUACGGCCUCUUUGUGCUACUCUGUGUGAUGGGUCUGGAAGGGAUUUUUAUUGCUGUGUCCUAUACCCAAAUUCUCAGGGCUAUCUUCUGCCUCCCCACAAAGGAUGCCCGGAUCGAGACUUUUGGAACCUACGUCUCCCACCUCUGCGCCAUCUUAACCUUUUACAUCCCAGGUCUCUUCUCUUCCCUCACAUACCAUUUUGGACAGAAUGUGCCCCUGCAUUUCCAUGUUCUUAUUGGCAACAUGAACCUACUGGUGCCCCCUAUGCUAAACCCCAUCAUCUACGGAGUGAGGACGAAACAGAUCCGGGACAGGCUGCUCCUUUUCAUUACUCAUAAAGAGACUAAAGUUUUCCCCUGGUGCUCCGAUUCUCAGACCGAGCUCCGUGCUGGUGACAUGGUGCUGGGCCGCAUUCCUUGA